AUACAGAUACUGAAUAUUAAUUGUGAUUCUGUACAUAUUUACACAUAGAGAAACAAAGCUUGGAAUUACGUGAUAUGAUUGAACCAAAUCAAAGAGAAACCCAAGAAGGAUCACGAAAUAUCUGUGAUAUAUUAUCUCCCUCCCUCUCUUCUCUCUCUCAAUAUAUAUAUCACUGUUAACACAUGAUAAUAUAUACUCUCUUCUGUCCUCUCCAUUUCUUUUUGUCUAAAAUUUCUUUAUAAUUUUUAAUUUGCUCACCUACCCAUUUCAUUUCUUCUGGUUUCUCACUAUAAAAACUCACCAAUAUUAGUUCAUACAUCUCCUGUGAGUUUGUUGGAUUUAAAUUUUUUUCUUUUAUUACAAGAAUUUUAUUACAGUAAUAUAUAUAUAUUGUAGCCUGCAACCACCUUUCUUGCACUGCUUAUAUUGUAGCCUGCAACCACCUUUCUUGCACUGCUUCUUCUGUUACGUAUAGGCUUCAGCUCAUUCUUCUUGUUUAUUAAUUAGUGUAUACAUGGAUGGUGGGGGUAGUCGUGAGUUUUGUUCAUCAAUGGAUAAGAUAUUGGGAGACUAUGGAGAUCAUCAACCACAUGUUUUAGCUGUUGAUGAUAAUCUUAUUGACCGAAAACUCGUUGAAAAAUUGCUCAAGAACUCUUCUUGCAGAGUUACCACAGCAGAAAAUGGGCUAAGGGCAUUGGAGUAUUUAGGCUUAGGAGAUGAUGAGAGGAAGACCUUAGAGAAAAAUGUCUCAAAGGUUAAUUUGAUAAUCACAGAUUAUUGUAUGCCAGGAAUGACAGGCUAUGAACUGCUCAAGAAAAUUAAGGAAUCAUCAAUCUUGAAGGAGGUUCCAGUUGUGAUUAUGUCAUCUGAGAACAUCCCAACUCGAAUUAAAAAGUGUUUAGAGGAAGGAGCUCAGAUGUUCAUGCUAAAGCCUCUCAAACUAUCAGAUGUGAAGAAACUGAAGUUUGAUUUAAUGAAUUGCAGAAGCUGAUCAAACCACAGAUAUGUGUUUCUUUUAGAAAAAAAGCACCUAUGAAGACUAAAAAUUAGGGAGGGUGAUUAGAGGAGGCUAUGAGCUGUGUUGAAGCUACAUUGGUUAUUACUUAUUAGAAUAGAAGAAGAUCUCAACUUGCUUUAGCUUCAAAGCAAACUGAUUUUUGAUU